AAAAAGAUGGAUGAAAUACAGAUUCAAAAGCGCCAAAGUACCAAGAUUUUUGUAAUAUUGGGAACCAUUCGGGCCAAGUUAACUAAACAUGGCCGAAUUUGAUGAUCAUCACGGAGGAUAUGGUGGAGGAAAUUUUGGCGGUGGUGGAUUCAGAGGCAACUAUAAUCAAGGAUAUGGAGGGGGUAGAGGCGGUGGAAGAGGAGGCGGUCGGGGAGGUGGGAGAAAACCAAUGCCCACUGAACCCCCAUACACAGUGUUUGUUGGCAAUUUACCAAAUGGCAUUGUACAAGGAGAUUUAGAAUUAAUAUUUAAAGAUUUAAGAGUACGAAGUGUACGACUAGUUAGAGACAAGGAGACCGAUCAGUUUAAAGGAUUUGCUUAUGUAGAAUUUGAAGAUCUUGACUCCCUCAAAGAGGCAUUGACAUACGAUGGUGCUCUCUUUGAAGACAAAAACAUUAGAGUGGACAUUGCAGAAGGGAAACAGAACAGACAGCAAGGUGGGCGAGGUGGUGGCCGCGGAGGCAGAGGGGGAUGGAAUGAUGACAGGGGAGGAUUUAGAGGUGGGCGUGGUGGCCGUGGAAGAGGCGGUUUUGAUGAUUUCCGUGGAGGACGUGGUGGUUUCAAUGAUAACAGGGGUGGCUUCAAUGAUAACAGGGGUGGCAGAGGGGGAUUUAAUAAUUUCCAAGAUAGAUCCGACGACUUUGAUCAUUAUGGUGGUCGCGGUGGUGGUGGCAGGGGCCGAGGACGUGGCGGCUAUGAUAGAUUUGAUAACAGAGAUAAUGAAAUGGGUGGCGGACGAAGACGGCAAAACAGCGGCGGACCUCCAGUAGAGCAGUUACGGGAACCUUCACCUGAAUCAGCUGCAGCUCGACCAAGGUUAAAGUUAUUACCGAGAACUGUACGUGACCCUCCUAAUGACUUUGUGAAUACUCAAAGAAAUGCCAGUAUUUUUGGUACGGGGAAACCGCGAGAGAAAUCGCCCAAGGAUGCAGAUGAUGGCGAGCGAAGUAGGACAAUUAGUGAAACCAGUCAAAAUAGUCAACAUUGAGUAGCAGUCAUAUUUUCCCGUCUGUAUGUUAUUUUUAUGAUGAAGUUUAAAGGAGCUGUAUAGAAUCUGUAUAUGUCAUCAACACAACAAGUGCUAGCGGCAGUGAAUAACUUGGGGCUCUAACCCGCUCCAGCUGUUGUCAUAUGCCCAGGUGUGAGGAGGCCCUCCGAAAGGUUGCCAUUUAUGUCAUCGUAUGUUUGCACUGAUAAAGUGUGAUUGAGGGCCUCGGUGAAGGGGUGCAUAGACAGAGUUUCUGGAAAAUUGAAACUUUAUAAUAGUAUACCAUUCAACAAACCAUGGCAUUAUAUAUUGGUGAAUCGUGACCGGCAUGUAGGGUAGAAAUGAUUGAUCGAACAUAGAACUACUAUAGAAGUAUCUAUUUUUUUAUAAAUGAAAUGUAUUAAAUUACUUUUUUAAAUGUUACGUUAUGCAUUUUAUAUUGAUCAAGCAAAAUGUGAAACAUUAGUUGAUGCAAAACAGAAUACUUCUGUGAAGUCAAAAAUUGAUGUCAGUAAACUUC